AUGGUCUCCUCAGUCGGCAUCUCAAUGGUUGGCGGAACAGUCGCAGACCUGUUCCGUGCCAACGAUCGCGGGAAUCCCAUGAACAUCUUUGCCUUGACCAACUUCCUCGGCCAGGCUUCUGGUGGCCUUAUGAUGGGCUGGGUCGGAGAGAAAGCAGGAUUCCGGUGGUGCUACGCGGUGCAAUGCAUUGCGGCUGCUGUCUCAGUCGUCCUCAACGUGUUUGUCCUCCGUGAAACACGAGCCGAAAAGUUGCUUUCUCGCCGAGCACAGAAGCUCACCAAGGCCACUGGUAUUAAACAUGUGUGCAAAGCCGACUUGCAAGAGCACAAGUCUUUCCUCGCCGUGCUUCGUGUUUCCGCUUUGCGACCAUUACAAUUCCUCACCGGCGAGCCAAUUGUCACUGUGCUCUCAAUUUGGAUCGGCUUUGCGUGGGCAGUGAUUUAUCUUGGAGGCACUGCCACCAUCUUGGUUUUCCGACAGUAUGGCUUCACCGACGGACAGACCGGAUCUGUACAAGCCUGUAUUGGAGUCGGGGCACUGAUCGGGUCCUGUACAAACUACCAUCAGGAAUACCUUUACCGCCGUGCCGCUCAGCGGUCGCCUACUGGCCGAGCUCCUCCAGAGGCCCGUCUGUACUGGGCUGCGAUUGGAGGUGUUCUCUUUCCCUUGGGCACCAUGGUGUUUGCCUGGACCGGUACACCCAAUAUUCAUUGGAUUGUGCCUGCCAUCAUGCUGUGCAUCUCCUACUGGGGUUCAUAUUGCAUGUACAAUGGUGUCUUCAACUACUUUGCCGACGCGUACGAAACAUAUAGCUCGUCGGCGCAAGCAGCUCAAGGCCUUGCGCGCAACAUUAUGGCCGGAAUUUUCCCGCUUUUCGCACACCAGAUGGCAAGUGGGGGUUAUUGA